CUGCUAGAUGUUAUAAAUUGUCAAUUAAUCAUUCAAGAUUUUUUCUAUGUAGUUUUUUAUAUCAAGAUUUUUUAUUUACAGUAUUUUCCACAAAAAUGUUACCUACUAGAAAAUUAAUUCUCCGAAGAACAGGUUCAUUGAUAAAGCAGGAAGUCAUUGACCGAGGUGCAGCAAACGUUUUCACGCGAAUCAUACGAGUGGGCGAAACUCUACCGGAUUGUGUUUUAUAUGAAGAUUAUCCUACAAAUUCAAUAAAAUUGCCUGAUUUCUUAUUGGCACGAAAUGUUGUUAUCUUCGCAGUACCUGGUGCCUUUGCUCCAGGCUGCUCCAGAACCCACUUACCAGGGUACUUAAGCGUAGCAAAUCGAAUGAAGAGUGAUGGUGUCCAUGAAAUAAUUUGCGUUUCAGUGAACGACCCUUAUGUGAUGGCAGCUUGGUCGGAGAAGUACCAUACAAAAGGAAAAGUUCGCAUGUUAGCAGAUCCCAGCGGUGACUUCGUUCGUGCGAUUGGCCUCGGCAUGAACAUCCCUACACUAGGAGGGUACCGUGCGAAGCGCUUCUCCAUGUUUACUACCAACAGCGUUGUCAAAGAAUUAAACAUUGAACCCGACGGCACAGGGUUAAGUUGUUCUCUCGCCUCUGCACUCGAAUACCAUAAGUACUUUAGUAAAAAGGAACGGCCAGAAGACGACAAUCCGAACAAAGUUUAACAAACCAACAAACUCUGGUCUAACUUAUUAUCAACAAGUAAUAUAAAUUACGAAGAACUGUGAUCAUCUUGCUUUGGACUAAUUCAAAUAAUUUACUGCAUGCAAAAAUAAAUGGGCAGUUAAUUAUAA